AUGCCAAUGCCGCUGGCCGGUGCAGCUCUUCCUGUUGAGGCAGAUGAACCUGCAGUUGUUAUGCAUACCGCCGGUGGCCGCCGAAAGCGCUUGGGUGUUGGUGGCAAGAUCUGCAUGUUGACCGGCUUGAAGAAGUUCAAGGGUAUUUACCGCUCCUACAGUGGCAAGAAGAACGUUCGAUUCUGGCGACCCAACUGCCGCUGGCAUAAUGUUUGGUGGGCCAAGGAAAAGAAAUGGGUCCGGCUCUUCAUCAGCAUGGCUGCCCUGCGAAAGAUGGACGAGCGUGGCCUGGACUACAUGGCGAGGCGAGCUGGCUUGGACCUGUACGCAUGGACCAAGGAGCACUGGGAACCAGGCUCCAGGCAGCCUUUGCGCCUCAAGGUGAGCACCACGGGGAAAGCCAUCAAGGAUAAGCGUUUGUGGCCUGAUUACGACAAAUACCUCAACCAGGGCAAGCCAUUGGCUGAGAUUUUCGCAGGGCCCAAGUAUAGCAAGAAGCCCUUGCCAUGGAAUCAGCGCAAGGCCCUGAAGAAUCCAGCAACGCCACCAAAAGGAUUGAAGGCAGGGAUUCCCGAGGUGAAUGGAGCAUGUCACAGAGCCACACAGGGCAGGAAACGGAUGGAAACGACGCGUUUUGGACUCACCUUGCACUGCAGAAUGAACAUGCCCGAAUAA